CUACUCUGGGCAAUAAUCGAUGAUGCAGUCGAAAAAAGAAAAAGAAAAAAUUGAGAAUUUAACGGCCGUUUUUGACAGAUUUUGAAGGAUGCAGCGAGAUCCUUCCGACUACAAGAAAAUGGCUCACGAUCCUUACUGUUUAGAAGAAAGGAUAAUAUCAGAUCUUCAAGCUGUUAUGAAAAAAGAUCCCAACUUAGAGGAGUUUGAUGUUGUUCCAGUGACAGAAGCCAAAAAUCGAUCACCAAUCAUCCAUAUUUCUCACAAUCUUGGAAUUGAAGUUUGGUGUGUAAAGACGGUUUUCAUGUACUGCUAUGAAAACAGUUUCAAAUUGGAUCCCAUGUGGAAAAAGGAGUAUUUGAGGUUGGAAAGAUACACAAGAAUGGCAUUAUUGCUUAAUCCCAACAUAGCUACAUUGUGGAACACGAGAAAGAGAUUGAUUGCCAAUCAUCUCUUGGAUGGCGAUUGUGAUUUCCUGCUCAGCAAAUUAGUACUAAGUCAAAAGCCCAAAUGCGUUGAAGCACUAUCUCACAGGCGUUGGCUACUCCAGCAAGUGUCUUUAGACCCACAAUGGGUGGAGACAGAAUUAUCUCUGUGUGAUAGGCUCUCCAGUCGCAUGAAAUGCAACUACCACGCUUGGUCUCACAGACAGUGGGUGUAUUCUCAAUCCCUCAAGCUGCAAGGCUUCAAUCUCAAUCUGUGGGCGUCUGAAUUCGAGAUUUCUGACGUUUGGACAAAGUUUCACUUGUCCGACCAUAGCGGUUGGCAUUAUCGAAAAUUCCUCCUUGAUCAUUUCAGGCAAAAUUUAGGCAAAAUUGAACAGAACAUGGACAUCGCCCGGAAGGUAUUGGGCGACUCAACCGGUACAGCUACAUCUUCCCAGCUCUACAUGAACCUGCUGAACGAAGAACUGCAAAAGAACCAAGAUUUGAUCUUAAGUUUCAACGCCCAUGAAACGUUGUGGUACUAUCGUCGAUUCCUUUUGCAAGCCGGGACAAUAGAUCAUUCAGAGAGUCUCUUCAUCGAAAAGUGUUGUAAUCCCGCUAAAAGUAAUUGCAACUCCGCCAACAAUGUCGACGCCAUUCAAAUGAGAUAUUUGGAGCAUCAUCGACGAUGGCUGUCUGAUUUCUGUUUGUAAAAUUUGAUUAAUGCUGCUGAUUUAGGAUCCGUUUGUUGUGUAUAAAGGUUGCUAUAAUAAAAACCAUCAUCCAAGA